AUCAAUUUCUCUAUGGGAAGCUAUAAAAUGUUGCAUGGUCACUGCCCUCCUAUCCAUUGGUCUUACUGUAUUGCUGGAUACAAUUAUUUGGCAGGAACUAAUAUGGCCAGAACUGGAAGUAUUUUGGUUUAACUCGGUUUUAAACAGGAGCUCAGAAUGGGGUACACAUCCAUUCCACUGGUAUUUUACCUCAGCACUUCCCCGUUCUUUGCUUGUUGCAUAUCCCCUCAGUCUGCUUGGAAUGCUACUGGAUCGGAGGAUUUCGCAUUACAUUGUUCCAGUGUUGACAUUUGUUUUACUUUACUCAAAACUUCCCCAUAAGGAGCUUCGUUUUAUAAUUGGUUCUGUCCCCAUUUUCAAUGUGUCAGCAGCAGUCACAGCUAGCAGAAUAUAUAACAACAGAAAGAAGAAGAUGUGGAGGUUGCUUUACAUUGCCAUGCUCGGAUCUUUCUUAGUUAGUCUAGGAUGUUCCUUCAUAAUGUUUAUGGCAUCCUACAGCAAUUAUCCUGGAGCUUAUGCUUUAAAUUCUCUAAAUCAUUGUACAGGUGCCUCUAAAAGCAUGAUAGGCAAAUUGGUUCAUAUUGACUCCUAUGCAGCAAUGAAUGGAAUCUCCCGAUUCUUAGAAACUGAUAAAUUUAGAUACUCUAAAGAAGAAGGAAUUUCCUUGGAAGAAUACCGUCAAAGAAAUUUCACUUUCUUGCUCAAUGAGCAUCCCGACAUUGAUGGAUUCAAGUGCUUAUUCGCGGUAGAUGGUUUCUCAAGAGCUCGUUUUCAAAUUGGAUUUCCACCUAUCACACUGGUGGCGGAGCCCAGAGUAUUUGUCCAUGGAAAUAUGAGAGAUCAGGAUUUAGCCCUUUUAAGUUGGCCGGGUUGUCCAUGAUUGCACAUGGAAUUAUUGAAGAUGAUGAAGAAAUGGAUCAGAUUUCACUGGUUGUUAAAUUAAACUGUGAAUUCUGAGCUAGCAGUGAAUUGGGAGAAUUGUAGAGAUAAUUUAGAUUGAUAAAUUAACUGUUCAGUUUUGUAGUUUCAAUUGUACAUUUUUAUCACAAUGAUGUAGUUGAAAGCAAAGCAAAUAUCCAUGUUUUAACAGGAAUAAAGUUGUGGGAAAAGAGAGUUAA